CUGGCCGCGUGCAUGCUGAUGGAGGCUUCUCUGUUUCCAGUGAUUUCCGCUUUUAAUCUCUAUUCAAUCAUCUUUAUUCAGCAGCAGCCCAGUCACGCCGUUUUACACGAAUGCAUAACAUCUACAACACACGUUACAUCUCGACGUCUCGCGAUGUUUCUUCCGGGUGACGUCACUCCGGAUGAGAUUUCUGUCCAAACACAGAUGGUGUCGCCCUGAUCGUCCAUGUGGCUCCAGGUCUGCUGAAAAAGCCUCACACCGUGAUCGGAACUUAUUUAAUUUUAUUAUAUCUGACGAGCCGACCCGCUCUGAGAGGACCCGGAAAUGCAGCACGACGACGUGAUCUGGGACAUCAUUGGAAACACGCAGUUCUGCUCCUUCAAAGUGAAGACCAAGAGUCAGAACUUCUGCCGGAAUGAGUACAACAUCACGGGUCUGUGUAACCGCUCGUCCUGCCCGCUCGCCAACAGCCAGUACGCCACCAUCAGGGAGGAGAAAGGUCAGUGCUUCCUCUACAUGAAGGUCAUCGAGAGGGCGGCUUUUCCUGCCAGGAUGUGGGAGAAGGUGAAGCUCAGUAAGAACUACGAGAAGGCUCUGGAACAGAUCGAUGAGAACUUGAUCUACUGGCCUCGGUUCAUCCGACACAAGUGCAAACAGAGGUUCACCAAAAUCACCCAGUACCUGAUCCGCAUGCGCAAACUGGUCCUCAAGAGGCAGAGGAAGCUGGUUCCUCUCAGCAGGAAGGUGGAGACCAGAGAGAGGAGGAAAGAGGAGAAGGCUCUGAUUGCUGCUCAGCUGGAUAACGCCAUCGAGAAGGAGCUGCUGGAGCGACUUAAACAGGGAACGUACGGAGACAUCUACAACUUCCCCGUGCACGCCUUCGACCGAGCGCUGGAGCAGCAGGACCAGGAGAGCGAGUCAGAGGAGGAAGAAGAGGAGGAGGACGACGACGAGGACGUCGGGCAGAGAGAGUUCGUAGCAGAAGAAGAAGUGGAGGAGAGCGACCUGAGCGACUUCGAGGACAUGAACAAGCUGAGGACGAGCAGCGAUGAGGAGGAGCAGGACGAGUCCAGCGAGGAGGAGGAUGAAGAGGAGAUGGAGGUGCAGACGAAGGCUUCGCGGUCUAAAGGCAAAUCUCCGGCGAACGGCUCGGCGGCGAGGAAGAAGCGAGCGUACGUGGAGAUCGAGUACGAGCAGGAGACAGAGCCCGCCUCCAAGAGCAGAGCCACGUAGUGAUGCUGUGCCCUCGAAGCAAACUCGGACUGCUGAGGACACGCCCCCUCACCCUGUGUUACCACGGCAACAUGCAGCAGCUGAGGGGAUUGUCCGAUCAGCUGUUCUGUUCAUGUUCAAAGUCUUGCUCGGCUGGAAGUCAUGUGACCAGCACAGAAAGACACUGAUAGGCCCGCAGCUGAUCACAAUAUUAACUGGCCUUUGAUAAUCAAACAGCCUUUAAAAGAAUGUUGAUCAGAAUGAAUUUUCCCGUUUCACACUUUAAAGACGAAUCCACAACUCGCUGCAUGUGUGAUCACAUGACUGCUGCUUUCACUUUAAACAUGAGCAGGAAGUGGAGCCGUGAGGAAGCACCCACAGUGACGCGAACGACGACGGAGAGAAGACGGACGUGAAUGUUUUUCUAAACGCUGUAAACAUUUUUGUUUGAAAUAAAAAUAAACUUCCUGCUUUGAAGCUUUUGUUUCUGUAAAUAUGGAAAAAAUGUGACCUUUGAAUGCAGUGAAUUUUAGUUGUAAGUGAAUUUAAUGUUAACUGAGAUAAAGAAAAGUCCAAAGCACCGCCCUCUGCAGGCAGACAGAAGAAUUACAGUUGAACACAAGAGCAGGGAGUCAUCGGCGUAUAUACAGCAUAUAUAUAGUUUAUUUACAAAGAACUGAGUCUCCACAGUUGGACAAUGACAGCUUCAGCUGAAGAGAAUCAUUGCAAACAAUCAAAAAAAUCAGAAUAAGCUUUUUUAAUUUUAGCAGAUUUCUGAAAAAUGAACAGACAGAAAAACUGCGACUCCAUCACCUGAUCUCCACCUCACUGUUAAAGUUGCACAUGCUUCAGCCAAACAGCAGCGCCUCCCUCAGGCUCAGACGAUUUUGCUACGAGCACACGGAAAAAUAAAAAGGACGUCAGCUGUAGUUUAACCUGAUUUCGCUGCAUCGUCUUCUCAUUAAUAAAUAGAGAUUAAGACUGAACAGCGUAAUGACUGAAUUUUUCCCAUUUUGCAUAAGAAGUCUUGUGUAAUAUUUUUGGACCCUGAGCGCUUUGGCGAGGGAAGCUGAAAGCGCCAAUCCUGGUGACGCCUCGCAGACUUUUUGGUCGCUGCAGAGUAAAAACAAACUUCAGGGUUUUUUUAUUGUGGCGACUUUGGGUCGAUCAGAAAAAAA